CGACAUUCCCUUUCACUGAUCCCGCAGUCGCGGUUUGGUACCUAUAGACAUCUACCAAUAUUAUUGUGAUGUAUAGUACGUGUGUUUGUUUUAAACUCGCAGCUACUGCAAAAAUCGAGCGGUUCGACUUGCAUUGAGUGUACCAAUACGCACAUAGAAGUACCUGCACGAUAUUCGAUUUCCGAGAAAUUUGUACACUUCCUUGCAUACCUAUUGGUAGGCACUGGAAUUUCGAGCCAAUAUCGUUUUACGCCGCGUAACAAGUGUAUUAUUAUUAUUUUAUUUUUUUUUUAUAAAUGCAUACAAUAUAUAAUACGAAUCUCAGAAAACACGUACGGGGUAAGUUUUGAUUGAACAUUAAUAUUAAUCACGAUUCCGAUUUUAAUAAGUUGUCUAUUUGAAAACAUGAGCAGUUAAUUGGUACGAACGAAAUACUAUAUAAUAUGUAUUAGGUAGGUAUUUAUAUAUAGGAUUUGUCUUAGGAUAUUGCGGCUUUAACGCCAACGAUAUUGUAAAGUGCUGUUUCUAUUGUAUACUUUCUCUAACGCAAUAUUAAUUUCCCUUGGGGAUUUACUCUUUGAAUUUAUUUAAUAUUUAUAAAUAAACUGUAUUUUUUUUUUUUUUUGUUAAUAUUUUAUCAUUGCGAUUUUAAUAACUUUAUUGUACGCGUACUGCAGUUGUUCCGAUCGUUAAAUUACCUACUUCUAUUUCGUGUUCCUAACAUUUAAAAAUAUUGUAUAAUACGACCUAUAUACUUCCUACAUAUUAUUAGGUAUGCAAUUUUCUAUAUAUAUAUAAAUCCUUUUAACUUUCAGAUGUUUAAAUAUUAUUAUACGCGGGUAAUACUCAAUUUUACCUAGCACAUAGUAGGUACCUAGAAGUUUAUUUAAAAAUAAUUGCACGCAAAAUUCCAUUUAGUUCUUAAAGUCAGUAGUUAGAAGCAGCUAAAAAUACAAAUCUCAUGUACCCUGAGAUUUCGUUUUUAAAAUGCUUACUCGUUGUUUUGUUUUACUUGUUAUAACCGCGUAGUUAAUUUAUUUUAGACGUGAUAAUUAUAACAUUCGUAAAACGACGAUGAACUCAAAAUAUAACCGUGUCGAAUUUCAGAGAAAAUAAUAUUACAAUUUAGUGGUGUUAUAAAUACCUAUGCCAUAUUUUUAGAACACAAAAAAGUUCAAAGGAUAUUUGUAUGCACAUUAUGCUUUAUGAUAGGGGUAUACGUAAAUAAAUACUAGGAAAUUAUAAAAAUUAGUUAUAGGUAUACCAACCUGUACUCAAAAUAUUUGGUUACAAGUCUUUAUCAAUCGAUUUCAAAAAUUACCGUUUAGAAAUAACAAAAAAUCGAGGAAAUGUAUUAUUGAAUGAAUAACCAAUAAAUUAAUAAAUAUAUCGAAUAUACCAAAACACAUUUUAACGUUCAUAAUAUGUGUGCCAUAAUAAUUAAAAUGUAUACCAUUAAACGUUGACUUUUAAUUGUUUUUGGUAGCAUAUUCUGUUAACACUGUGUGCACUGAGCAUGUCAUUUUUUGAUUUUCCUUGUAGUUUUCUACAUAAUAAGAAAAAUGAGAGAAAAGUGCUUUAUUCCUAUGGUGCUACAAAAAAUACCGAAAAUAUAUAGCCACAAUUUAUUUUUAAUACGGGGUUGUAAAGUUCAAAUUUUGAAAAAAAUCGUGAAAAUCACAUUUCGCGUACUAUUUUGAGAUUAAUGCGGACAAACCGUUAUUGAUUCCAAAAUAUUGACCAUUUACAGACAAUUAUAAUUUAUUUUAUAGAUAAGUACAAAUUAAUAUAAAUUUCAGUUCAUUAAGUUUAUCAAAUCAUAAUUAACCAAACUUCACACAGAAUCGUUUUUCUUUAGCAAUAUGAUUUAUUACAGAUAUAAAUUGAGUUACCUUCUCUAUAAUUCUAUAUACCUUAUCUUUCCAACUUCCCACCUACAACAGUGGAAUAUCCAUGACUCAUGAGCACUAUCAGUAGCGCAAGUGUUUCGUAAUACGUACAGCUUGAUUAACACCUACUUACAUCAAAAUUAAAUUUUACUCAUUUAUAAAUAUUAUAUAGAGUUUACAUAUUUAACAACAAUAAAAUAAAUUAGUUUUUAGAUAGUAAGUAGGACUAAAAUAUCUUCAAUUAAUAAUUUACUCUGUAUUGACUCUUUUAUGGAUACCCGCCCUCAAGCAAAAUCGUUAAAGGUAUAGCGAUCGCUACACCUUGAAUAUAGGCUGAGCGCUAUUGAGCAGUAUAUCUUAUACGUAGCGACGAUGUGCAAAACACUCGAAAUAUUUCGGUGGUUUUUUUACCCCCAUUCUCGUUAAGAAAUCCUGGCUACCCUGAUUAUACCUAUAUUAUAAUUGUUAUUAUUAUUAUGUGGCUAUACUACUAAGUUUUUUUUUCUGAUAGAACGUAGCCCUUCCUAAUUGUCUAAUAGUUUUAAAGUCUCACCAACUAUUAGACAGAAUUUUAAGAAGUUAGUAGACGAGAUAUUAUUUUAGCAAUAACUAUUUUGGUAUAAUCUGUAAUUUACUCUUCAAAACUGUUGUUAUUAGACAAUGUUUAGUACUUUGUCUAUGUCGUACAAUACAUUAUAUUAUGCACACUCUUGUGGCUUACUUGAGUAAAAACAAAGAUUAUAAUAAAACGUAUUAUUUAAUUUGUUAUACAUUAAAUACCAACUUAGUACAUUUUAGAUUCGGAGUAGAGCGAUGUUUUGGUAUUACAAUAGAGUUUAAUCUUUUUCUGUGAACAAAUUUUCUACCAGAAAUUUUGCUCCGAUUUUUAAGGGUAGAACUUUUUCUGAAAGAAAAUUUGACUGGGGUUGUAUUUUAAAGAGGUAAUUUUUCAAUUUUCCCAGGGGUUUUCAUAAUAAAUGGUAUGAAAAACGGGAAAAUUUACGAAAUGUAUUAUUUUCAAAUCGUAAAUAUUAGGACCUUUCAAAACAUGUUAUAACCGAAUUCAGCUCAGAAUCGUUUUUCGAUAGCAAAGAUUAAUCGUUGUGUAAAGAUAUACAUUAAAUUCCCUGCUAUAUCAUACCUUCCCAACUUCCCACCAACAACAAUGGCCCACUGCAAAGUGUAAAUUAUGUUCCGUAUCUUUUUAUAAAUCGAAAUACAAUUAUUGGGAGGUAAGUCUCGUUACUCUCAGAAUCCAAAAAUAUUUUACUAUUUGUAUGAACUUUAAAAGUGUAAUCUAAUAAACAAUAAUCAAUACGCUGAAUAAUAUAUAAUGGUAGUGUAUUACUAUUUAUUUUUGCUCAUUGAAAAUAAUUGUAAGUAUUCUUAUAAUAAUUGCUAUUGAGGUGUUAAGAAAUUGGCAAUGAAUCGGUUUACCUAUAUGGCAUUGUUAUAUUAGAAUAUUAUUACGUAUAGGUAUAUCUGCACUCCGGGAGGUUUUAUUUAUUGAGUUUUGAAGAUUAAAGUUAGUAUUUAUUUUUUUUUUAUAGUAUGUAAUCUAUUCACCGUUUCGGGGCAUCGUUCAUCACAUCCACAUGACUAAGAUUUUUUUGAUGAGGGUCGUUGAAGUUACUACAGCUACUGUAUUUAUAGGUAGUAGGUACCUAUACACAAUAUUGUUAUUGAUGUUUCAACAAUUUAACCGAUAUAGCAAAAAUUAUAGUUUGAAUUAUUUCAAAUGAAAAUAAAAUUACAGGGCAUUCGCACCGCGAAUAUCAGUAAAUAUCAGUAAUUUUCGUUACCUAUAUUGCUAUUAAAUGUCAUGCGAAUUGAAAGCAGUGUGGAGAAAUCAAGCGUUUAAAUUUUAAUCAUGAGAAUCAUUUCAUUUUUAUUUUUUAAUUCGACGAUAUUUUUAAUGUAUCUAUAUUUUCGUUAAAAUGUAAACUUUUUAAAUUAAAAAAAAUAUAUAAUUUAUUAUACAAACCACCUGGCUUAUUUAAACCUUACCUUACUGACAAAAGUCUAAAAACCGUUACUAUGAUGUAGGUAUAUAAUAUAACCUAUAUAAGUACAAAGAACCCCCCCAUGAGUACCUAUAUCUCAUUUUUAUAUUACACAAGUAUAUAGGUAUUUCAAAAAUAGUAAUAGCAUAGACAGACCAUAGGUAUUAUAUUUGUUACGUUUAUUAUGGUAGUAGGUGUCUGGUAAGUACCUAUAUUUAAGACAAUGGCGUAAUUUUGAUGGGGAAAUAAUAUUAUGAUUGACAACGUUCUUUUUUCAUAAUAUGCGCCUUUUACGUAAUUUUAUAAAGUUAAUAAACGAAUGAGUUAUAAUUGUAAAAUAAUAAGUGAUAUAAUGCGAUGUUUAAAAUAUCCAUGAAUCAAAAUCACUUUUGAAUAAAAUAACCAAGCCUUUCUAAUAAUAUUUAUGCCGCCAGCUACACAGGUUCAAAUAGAUGAGGACAUGUUAUUAUAAUAUUAUAAUUUAAGAGACGUAAAAGUGGAUCUAGCACUAUGCAACUAUAAACAUAAUAUCUGGGCCAUCGAUAUAUAUUAUAUUAUUGAAAUACACGUACGUCGAUAUUCGAUAAGUAAAGUAGCCAUUUGACAAACCCGACACUUUGUAGAAUAAAAUAAAUUCCACACAACUUCGAAUAUAUACCUCAUGAUUGAUUACCUCAUCGUAAUAUACAAGGUGAUCAAUCUUUCGUAAGGCACUCGUUAUCUCGGAAAGUACUUACUUUUUCCAGAAUUUGUUUUCUAGAAUAUUUAAGAAACAAGCUGCUCUACAAUUUUAUAUUUAUAUUAUUUUUUUUUAUCCUUAUUUUCGGGGGUAAAACCACUUUUUACUUUUAAUUUUCAAAUGGCAAACUAUAUUUAAAAUUCCAUAAAUAGACGAAGUACCAGUUAAAAUAAAUGUUGGUUGUAGAAAUUUUUGAUCUCCGUCAAUUGGUUGACGAGGUAUUCUACUUUUAAGGUUUGGUUGGGGGAGGGAGGUGGUGCAUUAUUAACACGCCACGCGCCAUACGGCCAAACAAAUAAUACUUCACUACUCUUUUCAAAUCCAAACUUAAAAGUGGAAUAUCUCAUCAACGGAUUGAUGGAAAUCAAAAAUUUCAACAUCAAAAUUUAUUUUAACUAAUAUUUCGCCGAUUUAUGGAAUUUUUAAUAUAGGUUGCCGUUUAAAAAUAAAAAAUAGGUAGUGGUUAGUGGUUUUACCCCUAAAAAUAAGGGUGACAAAAAAAUAACAUAAAUAUAAAACUGUAGAGCAAUUUCUUAAAUAUUCUAGAAAAUAAAUUCCAAAAAAAGUUAAUACUUUCUGACAUAAUGAAUAUCUUAUGGUAGAUCAAUUACUCUGUUUAAUAUAGUAUUAUUUUUUUUUCUGGCUAACUUGAACAAAGAAUCUCUAUAUAACUACUGUAGUUAAUCAACAAAUGUUUCCGUUCAAUGUAUAGGUAUUCUAAUGCAAUUAUAUGAUGCGUAUACCAAAGGUAUAUAAAAUUAUGUUUUAUAAUUCAUUCUGAAUAUUUACUCUUAAGACAGUGGAUUUUAUAAGUUUAUGCAACAUACAAUCUAUUUAUAUGGGAACCUAAUUAAUUAGUUUUUACAUAACGUAAUCAUAUCCCAUGCUAUUAAAUUCUGAAAUUUCAUGAAUAUUUUAAAUCUUAAUACAAUUUUAGAGAAUGCUAUUUACGGUUUAAUAAUAUGCCCACGGACGUGUUAUAAUAGUGAAUUCAUAGGCUAAUUCAUAGAUUACCUACCUUUAAUAUCGUUAUUAUUACAGGUGUCGACAACGCAAAAAAAAAAAACAGGUAUGCCUAUAAUAUGAACUUUUUGUGGUAUCUGUCACUAUUCCCUAGUAUUGUCAUAAUUUAAAUAAGUACGAAUUAAAUUAGUAUAGGAAAUUUAAUUGGGAUUUUUUGUUUUUUUUUAGAUUUCCGAUAAUGUUAUAAAAUGUUUAGAAAUAUACCUAUAAUAGUUUUAAUUCCAUUUUGUCGUAGAUAAUUAUUGUAUACGUCUUUUUUUAUUACAUGUACCCACCUAGUACCUACAUAUAAUCUAAAAAAUAAUAACUAUUGAAAUUUGAAAUACAAUGCAGUUUAAACUUUUAUUUAUUUAUUUAUUUUUUUUUUUUUGGAUACAGUUAUGUAGGAUAUAGAACUAAAUGAAUAUCUAUUGCAUACGUUUUUCAAUCGAAUACAAAAUGCCAAUGUCCGAAGUGCGAAGAUGUUUGACUAUCAAAUUCACAUUGUUUUUGAUGAUGGCUGGCGUAGCUUUAGCUCAAAAGCCAGACACAAAUACUGUUAUUGGUCCGAUUAACGCUAACGGCGGUGGCGCCGCUGAGUUUCGUAAGUACCUACUAAUAUUUAAUACACAUAAGUAGAUAGAUAUUAUAAGGUAUGUAAAAAUAAUCGGUUUUAAUAUUGUAAUACGAAUUAUUUAUAAUAAUAUGUAGUAUAUGUACCUAUAUUACGGUACAAUUUCAAUUUACAAAAUUACACAUUAUUCAAAUACAUUUUGUUUUAUGUAACGUAAAAUUGUUUUGUUUGACUCUAUAAGAACUUAUUGCUUCAGUAACAAUCUUUAUGUUUUGCCGGAAUAUCAUAUUUGAAAAAUUUUUUUUAAAUAUUUGCAUAUAUUUUUAUAAUAGUAUGGUAAAAUAUAGGUACUAUUAUUAUUGUUAUAUUAUUCAAAGACGUUCAAAAAUGAGCACCAAGUCAAAAAUACAUUUUUAGUGAACAUAAUAGUAUACAGGUGGUUUUAUGAAGAUUGGAAAGGUAUUUGACCGACAUAAUUAAAGGUACCCAUAAUAUACCUAUAAAAUAGUAUGAUAUGUACUCACUUAGCAAAAAAAACCUGUAAACUUUCACUGGACGAUCUCGAAUUAGUUGAUCUGUAAACCAGACGGACGAGUAUCACGCGUAUAGUGUUAUGUUUUUUUUCAGUUAUGUCAUUGUUACACUACGAUUUUUAAUAAAAAAAAAAAAAUAAAUAAAUGGCGAAUGGUAUCUAAUAUAUUAUGUCGUUAUUAUAAUUUAGACAAAAUAUGAACAGCAGUCUACAGAUAUUACCUUACAGAACUAUAUCGUCCAUACAUAAUAUAUUAAUUGUAAUACUUAUAAUUAAAGAUUCUGUAAGGAAUAUGCACUUAAAAUUCAUAAAAAUGAAAACAUAUUUUAGGCGUUCUCCCUCUAACGACUUUGAUAUAAAAUUCAAUUUUCUAGCACCCCAAAAGCUAUUAACAUAUUUGUAUAAUACGAAAAAUGUUAUAAAAAAAAUUACUUUGUAAUUUUAGAAAAUUAUAUUUAAUUAGUUAGAGCCAUUGGAGGGUAUGGGAUUUUUAAACCGGUUUACCGGUUUUGUUUUUUAAGUGUUUUUGUGAAUUUUCAGUGCGUAUAAAUCCGUUUCCUACGUAUAGUAUAUGAACUGUAACCUAACCAAUUGCUAAACGAACGAGCCACGAGAGAGCUUUUUACAAUAUUUGUACGGUAUUUUUCAUAUUAAUAUCAAAUUAAUAAUGCAUUAUACCUAUAAUAUUUAAGAUUUAAUGGUGUAGAAAAGAAGCGAUUACUUUUACCAAGAUGUGUUUUAUUUGCCCUAAAACAUUCUUUUAGUUAUUAAAAACCGAAAAUUCUCCGAAUCGUCCUCGCCGUACCUUAAAAGAUACGGAUUUUGUGAUCGAAAAUGUAUUUGAAAUUCUAUUAUUUUUUUUUUUCAUAAUAAAAUCAAUACUGGCUAUCUUUAAGUAAUACCUAUUUGUAUUUUCGUAUUACGACGGUUAUCAAACUUAUCAUUUUGAUGUUUUUGUAAGUAGGUACAUAAAUAUUAAAACUUUAUUUCAUUUUAUUUUGCAUCGACUAAACUAACCUAACUUACAAUAUUAAGUAUAAAAACAUUGAAACAUGUUUUUGGUUUUUGCACUUAUUAUCAAGGUUCAUGUACAAAAACGAUAAAAAAAAAAGUGAAAUUGAAAAGUUUUGAUUUUAACAAUAGAAUAUAAUAUAUGUAUUGAAAAACACACAAAAUGUUAAAUUCUUAUUAGAAUAUUGUUAACAAUGUUUAAUUUAAAAUUAAAAAAUAUACCUAUUACGGAAAACCGAACUUCUGUAAGUUUUUCUCCCAAAUGAAGUUUGUAUUACUUACUACACACAUUUUAAAAGAAAAGGAAAAAUCGAAAGGUUGCUAAACUAGAAUAUUGUUCCAUUGUGUAAUUAAUUAUUAUAAUGUAAGAAUAAUGUAUACAAUAUAUACAUUAAUGGAUAGAUAGUUCAAAACUAUAUUUAUAUUGGUUUGACCUGUUUUUUUUUCAUAACGAGCCAAUAAUAUUACACAUUAGACAUAGGUAAUUAUAAUAUGAAAAAUAGAUAAUGACAAGAGUAGGUCAUUUUACGUCAACAUAAUCAGUGACGUACGUUAUACGGAUAUACUCACCUAUAAAUUAUAAUGGGAUAUCUCGGUGAUUAGUGUUGAGCAGGUUUAGUGUUUUAUCGUGAAAAAAAAAUAAAUUUUGUACUACCUAAACCUAACCUAACUGAUAAAUCCUAAAUUUCAUGAAGUUACGAACAAAUUAAAUAAAAAAGUAAAAUACCUAGUAAAAAUAAUGUAUAUUUAUAUAGUAUAUACUUACCUAUAAUAUGUAUUAUAUUUAUUAAUUUUGGCCUAUAUUGAUAUUUUGUUGAAAACAAUGUGAAAACUGCCUGGGUAUAUUAUGUAUUUAUGUAUUUUGAUUAAUUAAUUGUGUUUGAAUUAUUGUCUAAUCAAUAAUACAAUUAUACCUAUAUUUAAAUUUAAAUUAUGCAUUUUCAUGUUUAGGCAAAUAUUUUUCUCAAUGCAAAACUCAAACAGCCGAGUUUGACGAAUGUAUAAUGAAAGCAAUCAAUAAUGCCAGAUCAUAUUUUACAACAGGUACAAUAUUAUUUAUACAUUUUACAUUGGUACCUAAAUGAUAAUUAGCAUAUUGUAACCAGAUAGAGAAGCGAGAGAAUUUUAAAUUUGUUACAAAACCGUUAUUCUAAGUUUCAUAAGACGAUAUAGACUAAAUAGACAGAAAUUAACAGAUUUUAUUGAGUGAUUUUAAAUCGAAAACACUUAAUCAACUGUGUUCAAAAUGUUAUUUAGGUAAUACAAUUUUAAAAUUUUUUUUUAUUAUUUUUAGGUGUACCGGAACUCGGAAUUCCUCCGUUUGAUCCUUUUUUUGCAACAGAAGUUAGGCAAAGUAAAAGAGCUCGUUUGCUGGGUUAUAAACUUUCUGUACACAAUGUUACCGAAAGCCAAUGGAGACUAUCGGAAAUAAAAAAAUUCAAGUAGAUCGCAUAAUAUAUUAUGACUGAGUACUUACACCGAAAAGGUCUUUAAAUAUUAUAUUACAUCAUUUUUCAGAACCGACUUCUUGACAAAUACAAUUAAAUUUACACAUUAUUUUCCCGAGAAGUAUUUAGAAGGUUACUAUGAGGUUGAGAACACCCUACUGCGACCUGGAGUCACGACAGUAGGCCAAUUCAAUAUGACUUUGUGUAAGAAUUUGAUUAUCAAUUGUUAAACUGUUGUAUUUCGUAAUAAAUCCUUGAUAAAUAUUUAACAAAUAUAAUAUGUAUUAUACCUAUCAAUAGAAUAAUACAAAGUCUAAUAACAGUUCAUUUUGUAUUUUGUCUCAUAAAUAAUUUGUUUAGAUGACUACAUUCAAAUAAUGACUGUAAGCAAACCGACAAAUUCUAAUCAAAUUAAAGUAUCAGUACAGAUUCAAGAAAUUGGAAACAUGUCUUUGCAUAUCAGCAAUCUUUCGAGAGGAAGAGUUCUUGUUGGUGAGUUUUUUUUUUUACCCAGUGGUGUAUUGGAGGGUAUACGGGAGUAUAAGGCGUUACCGAAAUUGUAUUUGUCAAUCAAAGCGUAUACCUUUUUUUUAAAAAUAAACCAAACGUAGGAAUACGAGCGUAAGUAUACUGAUAAAUGAUAACUGAUAAUAAUAUAUUUUCAUCAUUGUUGUGCUCGUUGCCCAAAAACAUUUUUUUCAGAUAAUAAAUUUAAUAUAAAUAUCUUUAAUCUUUAUUAUCUAUGACAACUAAAUAAUGUAUACAUGUUCAUCAUAUCCUUAGCCCGUACACAAAAUUAUGAUUAAUAAGCCAAUCCGAGGGUCGAUUUUAUCAGAUCUAUAUCAAUCGUCAAUCGAAACCUAUCCGUCUGUAUCCGCUUCCAAGAAUACUGACAUCUAGACAUUGGUUAAUCUCUUCAUGUCUUAAUUUCCUCUGUAUCCCAUCUGUUAUACUACAACCAUUCUAUCGAAGUCACACUUCCCACCCACCGAAUGUAUUCACUCCCACAGGAGUACUUAGGGUCGGGGCGGAGCCCUAUAAAAACUGAUUUCUAAACGUUUUUACCUGUUUCCUUAUCUCAACGAACUUCUCCGUAUUCUUAUUUUUUCAGUAUCCUACCCGUCAUAUUACCCACCCUCCGAUUAUAUUCGUUUCUGAAAAUACUGGCGUCUAGACAUUCCCCGAUUCCAUCUAAUCUUAAUUUUCCCUGUACCCUAUUAUCCCACUGGCUCCCAAAACACCCCGAGCCUAAAUUAACUGAUAUUUAGACAUUCGAUGUAUAAUCCUUUUUCCUGUAUCUACUUGGCCAACAGCUCGUAGUAUAAUAAAAUUAUAAAAUAUCUAUUUUAAAUUGUACGAUUUCAUUUUAUAAAUAUGAAGUUAUAUAAUUUGUAUUUAUUGUGUGAGUAUUUGAAAAAAAAAAAAUAUAUAAUAUUAGAAACAAUUAAAAGAAUGUGGUUAAAAUAAAAAAAAAUGCUGAUAAAAGUACAUAUUUUGGAAUUCAGUGUAAAAAUAUUUAAAAGGUAUUUUCAUAUUUAGGACGUAGUGAGAAAAUAUUUAUUUGCCAUAAAAUAUCAUUCAAAAGUGCAUGUACCUAAAAAUUAAUUAACAACAGGGAGCUGAUACAAAUGUUUAGUAGUAGUGAUAAAGACGCAAAAGUAUUUUAUACUUUAUUGAUAAUAUUUACAAUAGAGUAUAAAAUGAGUAAAGUAAAUAGUAAUAGUUAAACAUGUUGAUUUUUUUUUAAAUUUUUUGCCGAAAAUAGAUUAUUGCAUUGUAUUUUGUCUAUUAUAUAUGUGGGUAUUUGUCUUUCCCGUUAUUACUAAAUGCUUUUAUCGGAUCUUUCUUGAGUGGAAUGAGCUUAAACUUGGGAAUCGGGAUUGUUUUAUGAGCAGAUAGAAAUGAUACAAAUUGGAUUGACUUUCACAAUGUUGUUACGAAAAGACGAGGUUUUUAUAGUUUUAAACACUCCUACAGAACCUUUAGAUGUAUACUCCAUGUAUACAAAAAAUGUUCAAGGAUAUACCUUUUAAAGAUUUUAAAUUUCAACCUCAACCAUUUUUAUAGUUAAAUUUAACUAGUUUUUGGAAAAAUAAAUAAAACUGAAUAAUAUAAUAAUACUAUACAGUUGUUUAUUGUUUUAUAAAGAAUAUUUUUACAAUACAAAAUAAGUGAGGGAAAUUUAACUAUAUUACUGGAGUUCUACUGCUCACGGAUGUUUUUUUUAUUUUAUAAAAUAUUUCUAUAUUCUUUAUACUGUAUAGAAAAUAUUAAUUGAGAAUUAAUGAAUACCUAAUAUUAAUUCUACUCCAGUUCGUAAAAUGUAUCUACUAACAAACUUACACUGACGAGUUUGUGGUUAGGGAUCAACGUCUAUUAUCAUUUACCAGACUAAGAAUAUAUUUUUAAUGAACUCUUUUGAUAAAUAUUAAUUAAUUUUAGUAAACUAAGAGGAUUUCUCAAAUUUUAAAUUCAUAUCAUAUAAUAUAGUAAUGCGCAUUAUCAUACAAUAUUAUAUAUCCAUUAUAAUAGGUAUUAGAAAAUAUAAAUAAAUAAAAGUAGUAUAUAACAAUGACACAGUGUAUUUAAGGAUGUUGUGAAAAAUAAUGGUUAAGUCUAAAAAGAAACUAGCGGUUAUUUAUAAUAAUAAUAAUAAUAAUGCAAACAUUUUUAUUUUUCCAACAGAAAACGUUUUGGACAGAAUUAUAAACGCUUCAUGGAGAAUUGGUUUCCCUAUUGUGAAACCGCUUAUAAACGACCUCGUAUCUGUGGCUUUUACAAAAAUCUGGAAUGAUAUUUUCAAUAAUUUUGAUUUUAACUUAAUACUGCCGUAACAUAUUAUUUACUUGUUUAUUUUUAUUUAACUUACCUUUAUAUUGCAUUAUAUUAUAGUUAUUAAGAAAUCAAAUUUUAAAUGGAAAAUUAUUGAAUUUUCUGUAGUUUUUAUUAUUACUGUUAAUUAUUAUUAUUAUUUUUUGUAACCUGAAUCAGAAUUAUUGACCUUUGUAAUAAUAUUUAGUCAAUUUUUACGGAAAAUUUAAAGAUUAUAUUAUACUCUAUUUGUUAUAAAA